GGUGACUCGCGCGUUGCCCCGUGCCAGUCCGCCACCAACCUCGCGAUCGUCCACGUCGUCGUCGUCGUCGUCGCCACCCGUCGUCGCCGUCGCGUCGUGCCGUGCUUGGUGGUGGUGGUGGGUGAAUGAUCAGUGCGCGCAAAAGGGAGAGGGCGAGAGAGAAAGAGAGAGAGAGAGAGGGAGAGAGAGGGCCGGAGACCAAGCGCACAACAGUCGUUGACUCGCGGGGGGUGAUCGUGGUGGGCCGGCGAUCGAUCGAUCGAUCACCAGUACCGGGAUCGGUCGAUCCGGGAUCGAGAAGAACGAGAAGCGUGCGCGCGAUCGUGUCACGUUGCGCCGUGUGAGGGUUGAGUCUUGAUCCCGGGGGUUGUUGCUUGGAUGACACUGGGGUGGUGGUGCACGCUGCUGAUCGAAGAAGAGAGUCAGUGCACGGUGGUCCUUGAACGUCUGGUAUCGCAGAAGGACUGCACGCGGAGGAGGACUCGCGAUAGUUUGUCAAACUCGGAAGCAGCCGCGUCAUAUGAGCAUGUCAUCGCUACGAACGCAGUCGACCGGCGGCGGUGUUCUUGGUUUGAGCAGCGUCGGUUCCGAUCGUACGGGCGCGGCCUCGACCGCCGCCGGUUCCCACUCGCAUUCUCACUCGCACAGGAAGCAUCAUCAUCACCAUAGAAGCAGAAGCGCGCCCCGAGCACCGGAGAAACCGCCCAGAAAGCGUCAGCUACAUCCCGGACAGAGUCUCGCCUCUAUUCCCAGUCAGAUUAAGUUGUCUAUGCUGAACAGCGGCCUCAUCUCCUUCGCCACAGAAGAAUUGGGAAGCAGCAAAUUGAGCACCACAUUGCCGACCGCUCCGACUGAGCUCUCGCAAUUCCCGAAGCUGUGCGAGCUGCGCCGAAAAUUCCCGGUUCUAUACCGGGUGGAGUUUCAGACGGCAACGAAGGUGGAAACUCAUUCGUGCAGACACGCCACGAAACCCGCAAACAAGGAAAAGAAUCAAAAUCAAAAGUGUAUUCCAUACGACUAUAAUAGGGUAGUGCUGGACACGAUAGAAGGCGAGCCUGAUUCCGAUUAUGUUAAUGCAUCCUACGUAGAUAGUAUAUUGAAACCGAACGCUUACAUCGUCACUCAGGGACCUAUAGAGAACACAGUGACGGAAUUCUGGCGGAUGGUCUGGCAAGAGCAAGCCUCCUGCAUCGUCAUGCUCACGAAAACCUUUGACUUUAUCAAGGUGAUGUGUGUACAGUACUGGCCGGCAAGUAAAGAGAAAGACGAGGAAUACGGGGGUAUCGGCGUUUCCGUCUUAAAGGAAGAGGAACUCGCUAACUUUCAUAUAAGGACGAUAAGGCUGUACAAGAAGAACGAGAACAACGAGAUUACGGAGGAAAGGACGUUGUUGCAAUUUCAUUACACAGAAUGGCACUCACACACGUGCCCUUUCGGAAACGCGGUGCUGGAAUUUAGACGGCGUGUUCGAGCCGUGGUGGGAUCAACCAUAAAGAACGAAUCUGGUCCUAUGGUCGUUCACUGCAACGAUGGUGGCGGACGAUCGGGGGUAUAUUUAGCGAUCGACGCGAACAUGGAGCUGGCUGAAGAGGAGGACGCGUUUGAUGUGUUUGGCUACUUAAAGAAGUUAAGGCAGAGCAGGAAAGGGCUUAUAGAAGAUUUGGAACAAUACAAAUUUGUGUACGACACGCUCGAGGAGUUUGUCGUGUGCGGUACGUCGUGGUUCCCCGUGGCGGAAUUGUCGCAACGUCUGAAGCAGAAGAGUGUAAAGAAUUCGAUAACUAAGAUAAACGAAUACCAAAGAGAAUAUGAGCAGAUUUGCAAGCAGACGCCGCGUUUCACGAUCGGCGACUGCGCCGGUGGACACAGGGCCGAUAACAGGGAGAAGAAUAGAGACGUUCUGGUAGUUCCACCGGACAACUUUCGACCGUACCUCACCAGCUUUCAGGGCAACAGUUUCACGGACUACAUCAACGCCGUCUUUGUGGAUGGCUACACGAAACCGAGAGAAUAUAUCGUAACGGAAUGGCCCCUUCGACACACGUGCGGUGAAUUCUGGUCUCUAGUUUACGACUACGAAUGCGCCGCGGUGGUGGUGCUGUGCGUGCCACCUCAGACAUCCGCGAAUUUUCCCAGCUUUUGGCCGGAAGGAAGACAUUCCAAGAAAUACGGGCCCGUGUUCACGAUUGAUCACAUCAGCCACAACCAUUACACCAACAUAAAAACUUGGGUUUUUAGGAUAAACAAGAAAAUCGUCUCAUUGACGGAAUUGAUGGCGGGAGUGAAAGCACCGCCGAAGACCGUGCAACUGUUCCAAUUGACUUGUUGGCCAAUGGGCCACAAAGUGCCCACCUCCACAAAUAGUUUAGUAGAGCUCAUGAAUAUGGUUGAGAGAUGGAGGCAACGGACGGACUACGGACCAGUAGCUGUGGUUUCGCCCGAUGGUCGAAGUCGCGUCGGCGUCUAUUGUGCCGCCAACGCGUGCAUAGAGCAGGUUAUUCAACAUGGAGAAGUUGACAUUUUCCAAGCCGUCAAAACUGUGCGCAGACACAGGCCUCAGCUUGUGGAAAACAUGACGGAGUACAAGUACUGCUACGACUUGGUCCUGCACUACGUACUGCACUACUUGAAUAAAGACAUGAACGAAAAGAAGUGAGAAUGCGAGUUGAGGGACGAGCUGUGGUUCAUCGAGUUCGGUCGCGGAGCAGCGCUGCCGUUGACCCCGGAGGAAGCACCGGUGGACGGGGAGCCGGUGGUGC